AUGUGUCGCCUCUGCCUGCUGCCCUUGGCCGCCUUGGGCGUGGCGGCUGCCGGGUGCUGGGACAGCGCGGACACCGACCAGGGCCUGGCCGGCCUCCAGGUGCGGAAGGCGCUCGCGACGCCGAUGCCGAGCCUCUGUGACCUCACGCCCAAGACGGUCCCAGUGGACGGGCACGCCCUCCCGCUGUCGUUCAACGGGACCGUGAACAACCUCCACUCGGCGGUGCAGCACAUCAUCCAUCGGUACCUUGGGAGGCUCUACGUGACCUACGUCUUCAGUGUAGGGAAGCAUGUGCAGUACUACUACCCCACCUUCUGCACCAUCCCCUGGGCAGCAGGUACUGUUGAGCCGCCUUGCCAGGAGGCCGUGAUCAACGCGGCCAUCCCGCCCGGCGGCUACUCGGACAUCGCGGUGGCCCGGAUCAACCACACGACGCACGUGGUGCUGAUCGCUGGCGAUGCCGGCACCGCUCAGGAUGGCAGCAAGAAGACCACGGACUCGGUCGUCGUCUUCUUCGACGGCUCCUUCUCCGCGCCAACGACGCUGGAGACGAGCAGUGCCCCAGGCACAGGGCACAAGGCCGCCCGGGGCGCGGAUUUGCUGUGGCUCCCGCCCUUUGCCGACGACAGUGGGGAGCUCAUUUACCCAGAGGGUCCCACGGCAGUCGUCUCAGGCGAGCUGGGCACGCAGUUCUUCGCUCCGCGGCUCACAGGCGCUGGCCUCGCCUACAGCAGUAAGCCGGACCUCACGCUGCCUCCCCAGGGCACGACCGUGAGCUCCAACCUGGCCGCGGCCCUCGUGGACAGGACCCUGGUUGUCACUGCAAGAAGCCGCUGGAAUGAUGCCUACAACGAGACCACGGUGCUGGAUGCUUCAAACUUCGUCUACAAAAUCCAGGCCAACGGCACGCUGCAGCAGGCCACGAGCUUCUCGAAGUCCUGCCAAAGCGUCGACGUCACGAAGCUCAGUAGCAUCGCCCCUUACCUCUUCGUGGUUGCCAACGGUGGCGAGGCGAACUACGCCCAGCCGAACCAGAUGCUGUCCAUCCCUCCGGGCACGGUGACGCCGACGCCCGUGUCGACGUGCGCGCCGCAGCAGGCGAUACAGGCCAACCUCAGUUGUGAGACUGGCUCGGCUGCUACCGGGACCCCUGUACCGACGACUGAUGCGGACGACUUUGACACGAGGUCGCGCAAGGUCCUGAGCGCCACCCACGAGGGCAGCACCUACCUGCUCACAGUGAACAGCUGCCAAACGUCCUACGUCACCCGCUACAACCGGGGAGUUGCUGUUGAGCUUUUUCAGCUCGAGGGAAGCCGCGUCUGCGGCGAGAACGAGGACUACUUCGUCCGGGGUGGUGACAUCGCUUGCUUCGCAGGCCUCUGCCGCGUGGCGCUCACGCUGUACAAUGAAAGUACCUACUUGUACACGCUGCCGUGUGGGCGGCCGUAUGCCCGGUGGCAGCGGCUGUAUCAUCGAUGGCGCCGGGCCCGCGGAAAGUAUGGAUCAGAUGGGCCCCGUUAA